AUGCGACAAUUUAUAACCAAUUUGUGUUGUCAAAAUAUAAUCAAAAUUACUAAAAAUUAGGGAGGCAAAAUAACAUGAAUGUUAGGUACAUGGAAUGAGAUUGUAUGGGAAAUGUUGGUGAAUUCGCUAAGAAACGACUUUUAAUUAGAAGUCUCAAGAGUUUAGUUUUGGAUGAACCAUCACGGAAUUUGUAGAAGAUGUCUCUGUUAAUAAUCCAAGUUGUUCAAGUUGAAUUGAAACAAUGAAAUUCUCCAGUUGUAAAAGACCAUGGAACCGUUAUUCUAGGUAUUGUUAAUGAAUUGAAAACUUCAAAUUUUCAUUCAGUUCAGGAAACUUGAUUUUCUUUAUAAUCCAACAAAAUGAGUACUGAUUGUGAAGUUGAGGACGCAGAUUCUGUGUUAGAUAUAAAUUUAAAGAUAAAUGAUUCAGAAUUUGAUAUCCCCCGAAUGGCUACACCCUCUUUAGAGAGUAUAUUAUGGGACAUGGAAUCUGAGGAAGGAAGUAUUGAUAAUGCCUCCCUUCAUUCAUUUCAAAGUAUUGAAACUAAGUCCCAUUCUGUACUUUCUUACUGCAUUUUACAAGGUAUCUCUUCUCAGAUUGUAUCAGCUGGGGAAAGAGUUUCAGCAGGUAUGCCCACUGUGAUCACUAACAGCUCCAAGUUUAUUGCUGUUGGAACAUCCCAUGGAUUUAUUUUGAAUUUCAAUCCUGAACAAAGCUUAUGUUGGUGUUGCCAUGAUUUAAGUACUUCUGAUCAAGGAGCAAUUUCAGCACUUGCAUUCAAUUUAGAUUCUACUAGGCUAUUAGCAGGAUAUGAGAGAGGUUAUAUACUGAUGAUAGAUGCUAGUAACGGAGAUGUAUUGAGACGAUUACCAGAUGCACAUGCACCUCAGUCAGCUGUACUUCACCUAAGGUUCACAUUUAUGAAUAACUUGGCAAUUUGUGGUGAUUCUUCAGGAUGUGUUUUUUCCUUGAACUUCAAUAGAAGACUUGGAGUAAGGUCUUGGGAUUCUAGGUGCUUGUUCUCAGGAGCUACUGGAGAAGUUUGUGUGUUUGAACCUUUAGUACAUGGCUAUGAUUUACAGUUUCUUAGCAAGAAUGUUUUAGUUGCUAUGGCAACAAUGUCAAAGGUCAUUGUAAUUUCUGUUCGCCCUCAAUUGAAAUGCUUAUUCAGUCAACCACUUCCAAAAAUUUCUACCUCAUUGCCACAGAUUUCUUGGCAACUUGUAUCAAUAGGAAAAAUGUAUCAACCAGUUUUGGCAUGGGGCAGAGGAAGUGAAUUGAAUUUUACUCGAUUAAUCAUACAAGGAUCAAAGAGUAUUAAACUGAUGUCUUUAAGAAACAUCCAGCUCCCUUAUUCGUCUAUUGCCAUUCAGUGGCUGGGAUCUCAACAUCUUGCUCUGAUCGAUACAAGUGAAAUUCUUCAUCUUUUAGAUGUUCGAUCUCAAAAAGAACUAGAAGUACUGGAAUUGGGAAAUGCUGAGUUAGUAUAUAAUUCUGCACAUUUUAAAGCUCUUGCUCUAGGAGGGGGGGUCAGUGAGGCAUUCUCACUUGCUGGAGAAAGAGCAUGCUAUAAUAGUGUUUCAACUAGAGGUGAUCAAUUACUUGUUCUUGGAACAAAGGGUGUUCAUGUGGUCAAAUUGAGAAGUUGGCCUGAAAGAAUUAUGUACCUCAGUGAUAAAGGCAGAUGGGCUGAAGCUCUGAAUUUGGCUGCAGAGGAUGGGACUAACAAAGAAAGAUUCGCAAAUUAUCUUUUACUGAAAUAUUUUGAGAGUUUGAAUCAGAAUAUUGUGGAUAAGGAAAGUUUGGUGGCCGCUGUAAAAUGUUGUGUCAAAUUGAAUAAGAUCGAUUUUUUGUGUAAUGAACUAUGGGAAGCCGUCUCAAAUGAUUAUUGCAACCAAGACUGGUACUAUUUUCUGAUAACAGAUCAUAUUGUUAAUGGAAAACUCACUUCUCUAACGCCUUAUAUCGCUCAGUGUCUGGUAUCCCAUUUGGAAAAAAAAGAUGUGCAAACUUUGGAAAAUGUACUAUUAAUGCUGGAAAUUACCUGCUUGGACCUUCAUCAGGUCCUUACCAUAUGUAAAAAAUAUAAAUUAUACAAUGCCUGGAUCCACAUAACGACAAAAACACUCGGUGACUAUACAAGUCCAUUGACGGAGUUUUUAUCUGAACUAACUUCAGCUAAUCUAAGGUUGGGAAAUACCAUGUUAGUGUAUGUCUCCUCUUGUUUGGCCGGCUUAGGUUAUCCUAGUGGCAAUAUUCCGAAAGAAGAUAUAACAAGGGUCAAGUUUGAUGUAUUGCGAUGUUUGGAAACCCUACAUUCUAUCAAUGGUACAGAGAAUGAGAAAACAUACCCCUAUUUGAGGAGCCUCUUGAAAUUCAACAUGAGAGAAUGUCUUAAUGUCAUCGAGUUGGCGUUCACUGAAGUUGAAUUUUCUGGAGAAAUGGGUUUGUUGCAUAGACAAAGAUUAGUCAACAUUUUGAUGCAAAUUGUGGCACCACCUGAGUUCACAGAAACCGAAGAAAUAAAUUUAGCUUGUUUCGUUUGUCGUCUAGUCAUCACCAAUAAGUUAAAUUUAGAAGAUAGUGUUUUAGAAAAAAUAUUCGAAAUUCUUGUGAAAGAAACAUCUGAAUCAAUCAAACUUAGAGAUCACAUGGAGAGAGAACAAGCCUGGUUAGAUUUAAUGUCCAGUAAUAGACUGAAACAUACAUCUCCUGAUGAGUUAUUGAAAAGUUCUCUGAAAUCUAAGUGCUUUCGAGUUGCAGAAUAUUUAUAUGAAUUGAAGAAUGAUUAUUCCGAUAUCCUCGGAUGUUAUUUGAACGAUAGAGUCAGGAAAAAUGAAGUGUUCAAUUAUAUUCAGAAAUAUAUAGAUGAUAAAGAAAGAUGCAUUCGAGAGCAGUUUUUGGUGCAUUUCAGACAUUUAGUGGAAAUAGACUGUAAACAGACUACUGAAAUAGUUAUAGAUAAUUUUCCUGAUCUGAUUGAACAAUUUUGCGAAAUGCUGGAAGGAGAGAAUGACCUGAGGUAUUAUUUUCUGAAAGAACUGAUUAAUUGUGAUAUAAAAUUACCUUCCAAAAUUGCUGAAAUUUACCUGGAUCUGCUGUCUGUGAAAGACAAAGACAAGGUUAGAGCCUUCCUGGAAUUGGGACUCUGUAGAAUGGAAGAAGCAUUAGAGAUAACCAGAAAACACAACGUCCAUGCAGCCACAGCGUUACUUCUAGAACAAGGUGGCGAAUGGCUUGAGGCCUUAGAAUUGCUCCUCGAGCAUAAUCUGGUAGAUUUUGCCCUCAGUUUAUGUGUUCGUGGAGCUGAACACUUAGAUUCAGAGGGAGCACAAAAACUGUGGAUGGUCCUACUGCAGCACGAAAAAAGUAGUGAAAACAUGUCACUACGUCAGUUACUUCAUGCUACUGCACCUCAUAUUCCUCCGGCACAGCUGCUGGAGUUGGUUUCCAACAUGAAAUUUGGAGAUAUUAGAACUUCCCUUCAAGGUAUACUUUCUGAUUACAGACAUGAUAUCCAGAUGCAUACCACAACUUUGAAGUUAAUGAGCAGGGAUUUACACAAGAAUUUGGCUCAUACCAUAGGAAAGAGCGGGAGAGGAGUGUUUUUCAUGAACACCUGUAACAUUUGUCAUAAUUCUUUGAGUUCUCUUGGAAAUGGCGAGUCAAGUGCAGUAUCAGUUUACGGAUGUGGACAUUCUUUUCACCAAAACUGUGUAGUGGGUUCGGAAUCGAUGGAAUCAACAUGCCCUCUAUGUAAAACCAAAUGUACACUUUUACCCAAAUGUCAAAAUAGAAAUAGGCAUACAAUAGUUGCUAAUACAAGAGUGAGGCCAGACUUGGAAGGCCACUUUUGAAUUUCUAGUCCCGAGAUUUUUACGAGUUUUUAAUAUAUUUAAAUUAUUAUGUUGAAGUGGUGGAAUGCACUUGUGCUUGAAAGUCGUUGAUUCGAAAUCGAUCAACAGGAAAUAUUUUUCAAAGUGAAAACAUAAAAA